CUGAAGUUACCGGAAGUGUGGGUUAUCUGGCCACGCCCCGUCAACUCAGUCAAUCCAAGCUGAAGAGAAGGCGAGUCCACGGCUAAAAAUAUAAUAGCUAACACAAGAUGGCCGGUUUGCCUCGUAGGAUUAUAAAGGAGACACAGCGGUUGAUGAAUGAGCCUGUUCCAGGAAUCACGGCUAGACCUGAUGAAGGGAACGCACGUUACUUCCACGUGGUCAUCGCAGGACCUCAAGACUCUCCUUUUGAAGGAGGCACAUUUAAACUUGAACUAUUUCUUCCAGAAGAAUAUCCCAUGGCAGCUCCCAAAGUGCGAUUCAUGACCAAAAUCUACCACCCCAAUGUUGAUAAACUUGGAAGAAUAUGUUUAGACAUUUUGAAAGAUAAGUGGUCUCCGGCUCUGCAGAUCCGCACAGUGUUGCUAUCUAUCCAGGCAUUAUUAAGUGCUCCCAAUCCAGACGACCCCCUGGCAAAUGAUGUUGCAGAGCAGUGGAAGAAAAAUGAAAGCCAUGCCAUUGAGACAGCCCGAACAUGGACCAGGCUCUACGCAGGCAACAGUGAAGUAUAGAGGAGGCGAGGCGACUGAAUGUGAUCCAUAAAACGUAUACCUGUUUCUCUCAAUGUUUGAAUUUAACAGACACACACACACACACACACACACACACAAAAUUUAAAAGAAAGAAAAGUCCCAAAUCUAUUUCAAAGAAGUGACAGGAUUUACUGCUGCAGACCUCCUGGUGACUUAUUUUCCUCUCAAAGAUGCAUUAAAUGUGUAGUAGCCUUUUUGUUCUUAUUAUUAUUGUUAUUUUUACAACCCCCCCCCCCCCCGUGUUGCUGUUUAAAUGCAUGGACAGACUGACACGCUCCCCAGUGCAGUCUUAAAAAGAACAUUCAAAUAACUGCAGUACGCUGCGCUGAUGUUGGCAUAUACUGGUGCAUUUGCAAACUAUACACGCAUUUAGCUGACUUAUUAACACACGUUACUGUCUGUUUUAUAUUUUAUUAAGGAUGGGUGACACAUUCUCACGUUUCAUCCCAGUCUGCGGUUAUAAACUGGUAGAAUGUGAGGAUGAUGAGGUGUGUGAUGACUUAACUGAAUUCUGCCUGGCACGAAAGCUGGAUUUGUACCACAGUGUGUUGAGUACUUCAGUAUUUAGUUUGUGGUGUAGCCGUUUCAGCCAAAAUUGCACCAGAAAACACAGAAGUGGCACCAAACGGCAAAACUUGCUCUGGAAAUAUCCAAAUGCAGCGCAUCAAAUACAGUUGUACUACUAUUUACGCAAGUUGUGUCCGACUUGAAUCCAAAAAUCAGCUUCUCGCUCAAUCUGACAAAUUAGCUACAGCAAAAUAUGAGCUUGAAGGAGCUAAAAUUGAACAGUGGCGCAUGCAGUUGGUCACAUUUUAAUAUCAGUUGUGUUGCUUGCUUUUUUGUUUGUUGCUAAGUACAUCUGCAACAAAUUGUUCGUACAGUUGUGGACAUAAGCCUCGGCUUCAUUCUUUAGAUGAUGUUUUUCCUGCUCUUAAACACAAGAAGGCACCGAUUCUUAAGGUUGGCUCUUAAAUACAGGCAAAUCCCAAAUGAUGGCGAUUAGUCAUUCACAAAAAAAGUAAUUUUUUCCGUUUCUGCACUCUUCGUUGCUUUUUAGGAGGCGUUUGUCUGUGUGUUUGUGAACUGGCAACUCGCUGGAAUCUGCUACAAUAAAGAGUGAAUUAAAUCUAUCUUCUAAAUAUUAUUUUUAAAGGUCCUGUAAAUGAUUUAGAGGGUUUGAGUGGUUAUCACUGUACCACAGAGCGUACCACAAUAUGGAUUGCGCCGUGAGAAAUCAAGUUUUUCCCCUGUCAGACCAGAAUUCAUUUAUAAAUGACGCAGAUUAGAAAUAAUGCCGUCAAAGUACCGAAAAAUAAACCCAAAUAAUAAUUCAUGUGGAAAUCCAUAGUUAUUUCGUCUGGUGUGACGAUUAAUAGUAUUUUCUGCUGGGCUGAGCUCCACUUGUGAAUCAAAACACCCUGUUAUCAUGUUUUCUUAGAAGCUAUAAGAUCUUUCUCACUUGAAGACAUAAGUUAACAGCCAUGUACGUGUUGGUAAACUGUGAUUCUGUUGUGAGUCAGUGGACUUUUGCAUGCCUUAAUGAGUGUUAAUUAAACACAGCAAACGCAAAGCUGUAAAAAUCAGAUUCAUGAUGUUUUUCAUUCAAAUUUUAAUUUUCAAGAAGCAGGUUUGAAAAUGCAAAUACUCCAUGUUGAUCUGUAGCUCAAUUAAGAUGUUAAAGGGGUCAUGUAGUGCAAAAGUAGUAACAAAUGAUGUACCAUCACCAUCAUGUGAAAAAUAGUGCCACUAGGUGUCGCACUAAAGCAGCAUCUCGGGCCAAAACACAGGUUUUCCCUCCACCUUUUCCAUGUCCCUUCAUUUUUUAAAAAUUUUUUUAAAACAAGGUGUUGAAAAAAGCAGCGCUACGUUCAUAAACGCACAUCUGCAUAGGUUGGAAAGUUUUUAGCCAACUUCAGCUUAUGUCUGCAAAUGUAUGAAAUUUAUAACGGGGUUUUGUUUGAGAGUCAUUCGUACGUUUUGCCGCGCUUCAAAUGUUGCUCCACAUUAGAAACUGCAAGUUGUCAACGUUCGGUUUACGCAUCAACCAUCUGGUCUUUCGCGGCUGCUUAAGUGCCACUUUAAAACUCUACAAACCCCACUGGACAGUUUGGGGAGGGCGGGCAUGUCAGAAAAUGUCACGUCCAGCACGCUCAGAAGAUUAGCGUGAUGUAAUGUCUCGUUAAUACAAAAAAUUUGAUUUUAAAAAAUAGUAUUUGUGUUGAAUAAGUUUUAAGCGUGUAGAUCGGUCGAGCCACGUGAAACCACUGGUGUUGGUCCCCGUCAACUUUACUUUAUCUCUGCCCCCCCCCCUCCCCCCCCCCGGCUUGUUCUCCAUGGGUUCAUGCUCUGUAUUAUUUUCUUUUUUGCUUGUUGUCAAUUGUAUUUUCAAUUUUGUCAUUGAACAGCAGAUGUCACCAGAUAUGAGUGUAGAAUAGAUUCUUUGCAGUAAAGCUGCAAAUCGAGGGGGGGGGGGGGUUCAAUACAAAUUUCAUCCAAUAUUUUGGGUUUUCUACUUUUGCAGUUUUGUGGUAACUGUCUCAUGAAUGCUUGUGGUGACACCGUGGAUAUUACAUACUAAAAAAAACCUAAAUAAAUAAUGAAAAUAACUCAUCUCGACUAAGUUCACAACUAAUCUUUCUCCUUCACUACAAAUGUCCUUUUUUUUCCCAUGAAAACCUGCAGAAAAUAGUUUCAAGGUGUCCAUACAUGUUGUUUUUUUUUUUUGUUUUUUUUUAUAAAGGCUUCAACAUGACAUCGGAUUUGAAAUGAGGCAUGAAAAGCUCAUCACUUAGUAGCUUAGACUCUCCAUCGUCACAUCGCUUAGCUUACAGCUCAUCUGAGGGAGGACUGUAAUAUAGUAAAAGGAUUUCUUUCGGUCGAUCGCUCUUUAUUGGAUUCUCGCAGGCAUGGUGUUGCUUAGAUGUGUCCUGUCCUCACAUAGAAAUAUUAACUGUUUCUAACUGCUACAUUUACUCUAGCACGGCUUCAAACCUGCUUAACUUAUUGUUUCCUCGAGGGACUUGACAGUAACCUAAAACAGAAUUGAAAAAAAUUAAUUAAUGAAUAAAAGUCACUGGAUUUCUGAAGCAUCUAGAUCAAAAAAAUAUUAAGAUCAAACUGUUUAAUCAACUCCCUAUGUGUUAAAAAAAAAUAAAAAUAAGAGUUCUGUCUGUAAUUUCAAUACAUUUGCAUACAUGGUUCUUCAGAUACUCUGUAAAUAAACUGAGUUGAGUAAGUA